AUGGCUCGCGUACUUGAAGGGAAAUUUGGCAUCGUCACUGGCGGAUCGCGGGGAAUCGGCGAAGCAAUUGCCCGCAAUUUGGCCGAAAAGGGCUGCUCACUUCUCCUGAACUUCACCUCAGAGUCCUCACGAGCCCCUACCGAAGCCUUAUGCUCCUCUCUAGCCAAAACCCAUAACAUCAAAUGUGAAAGCGUGCAAGCCGAUCUAAGCCAGCCCGCCGAAGCCGUGACAGCCAUCAUCGCCGCCGCACAAGAACAUUUCAGCAACUCAGGAAAACUCCAAAUUGACAUCCUCAUCAAUAAUGCCGGCGUCUCACAAGACCGGAACCUGAACGAUGCCACAAAGGGCCCCAUCGAAGCCGAGCACUUCAACUGGCAGUACUCAAUCAAUGUCCUCGCCCCUCUCCUCCUCACACAAGCCUGCCACCAAUACCUCCCCACCGACCGAAGCGGCCGCAUCGUGAGCAUCUCCAGUGUAUCCUCGUCGCUCGGAUUCGUGGGCCAAUCAAUCUAUGGCGGUACCAAGGCUGCCAUUGAGGCGAUGACUCGCACCUGGGCACGGGAGCUGGCAGACCGUGCUACUGUUAAUGCCGUUAACCCCGGCCCCGUUGUUGGUGAUAUGUACUUUGCAACCGGAGAACAGUUCUGGAAGGAUAUUCAGGGAUAUCAGGAUAACACGCCGAUGAGCAAGUUGGAUGUGAAUAAUCAGGAUACUAUGAGUCGCUUGACUGAUGAGCAGAAGCGCUUGAUUCAGGAGAAGAUGGGUGGUCGGAGACCCGCUUUCACUAGUGAGGUUGCCGGUGUUGUUGGUAUGUUGUGUACGCCGGAUGGUCUUUGGUGUACUGGUAGUGUGGUAUGCGCCAACGGUGGUAUGAAGAUGGGUCAAUAA